AUGGAAAAUGGGAGACCUGCUCAAACUCGUGCACAAUCGGACCCCAACGACAAUGAUCUCCUUGAUCUCGAACGCACAACACCUGUAUACAAUAGCGGGCAGAGACCACCAGUGGAUGACAAUCAGCUAUUACAGAGAUACGAUAUAGACGAUUCGGAUCAGCCGCAACCCCGGCCUUCUGUCUCAUACGAUGAAUUUGUUGGUGGAACAGGAGGCACAAUUAACACAAAUGCGCAACCAACGCAAACAGCGCAGGCAGGAUCGAAUGUCGCAAGACCAUAUUUUGAUGCAGGGUCGAGGACCUACUCUCAGACGUCGGAACUGAACAAUUACUCACGCUAUUCCGAUGUCGACGACUUUCCGGAGGAUGAUCACUCUACCCCAAGAUACUGGAAUGGCGGAGGAGCCUCAGACGAGAACAUCCCUGGUGGUGGCGUCAAUGUCAUCAGGGGGGGCAGAUCAAGGGAUCGAAAUAGUCUUUUGAGUCUUGGGGGUGGUAUCAUGGGCAAGGCGAAGAACAUCUUGGGCAUGGGCCCUCAAUAUUCGGAGAUGGAUCUGCCUUUGACGGAGGGUGGUCCUAGGAAUGUAAGAGCCGACACAGCAGGAACCGACGAAGACCCAACGCCUCGCCAGAGCAAGUUCAGUAAGGACAACUUCAAAUUCGGCAUUGGGAGAAGGAAAGUGGAUCCUUCCACCUUAGGUCCACGAAUAAUCCAGCUCAAUAACCCUCCCGUGAAUGCGGUCAACAAAUGGGUGGAUAAUCACGUUUCGACUGCCAAAUACAACAUCGCGACUUUUCUUCCAAAAUUUCUCUACGAACAAUUCUCAAAAUAUGCCAAUCUCUUCUUUUUAUUCACCGCGAUUCUUCAGCAAAUACCCAAUAUCUCACCAACCAAUAGAUACACAACGAUCGUGCCUUUAGUCAUCGUAUUGCUGGUUUCGGCGAUCAAGGAACUGGUUGAAGACUUCAAAAGAAAGAGCUCAGAUCAGUCCCUUAACCAUUCGAGAGCAAGGUUUUCAAGGGGCUCCAGCUUUGAGGACACCAAAUGGGUCAACAUAGCCGUGGGCGACAUCGUCCGGGUCGAAUCUGAAGAGCCUUUCCCUGCAGACUUGGUGUUGCUUGCCAGUUCCGAGCCCGAAGGUUUGUGUUAUAUUGAGACUGCCAAUCUUGAUGGUGAGACAAAUCUCAAGAUCAAGCAAGCGAUCCCGGAGACUGCACAUUUAGUCAGUCCUGCCGAGUUAGGAAGGCUGACCGGAAGGAUACGAUCUGAACAGCCCAAUAGCAGUCUCUACACUUAUGAAGCGACUUUGACCAUGCAAGCUGGAGGCGGCGAGAAAGAGCUUCCUCUAGCUCCUGAUCAACUCCUUCUACGUGGUGCAACUUUACGAAAUACCCCUUGGAUACAUGGAGUUGUGGUGUUUACUGGUCACGAAACGAAGCUGAUGAGGAAUGCGACCGCAACCCCAAUCAAGCGAACGAAUGUCGAGCGCAUGCUCAACAGGCAGAUUCUGAUGCUCGUCGGCAUCUUGCUUGUCCUCAGUUGCGUAAGCUCGGUGGGAGAUCUGGUCGUUCGAUCGACAGCAAGCACGAAGUUAUCUUACCUGUAUUAUGAGUCCUUCAAUGCUGCUGCUCAAUUCUUUUCCGACAUCUUCACCUAUUGGGUGUUGUACUCCAAUCUGGUUCCUAUCUCACUUUUUGUCACGAUCGAGAUGGUCAAAUACUGCUCUGCAUUGCUCAUCAACUCCGACCUAGAUAUGUAUUACGCCGAAACCGACACUCCUGCCAUAUGUCGAACUUCUUCGUUGGUGGAGGAAUUAGGGCAGAUCGAGUACAUCUUCUCUGACAAAACGGGAACCUUGACGUGCAACAUGAUGGAGUUCAGAGAGUGCUCGGUGGGUGGGAUUCAAUAUUCUGAGGUUGUCUCGGAGGACCGUCGUGCGACUGAUGAAGACGGAAAUGGCGUUUUUGACUUUCCAAAAUUACGACAAAACCUUCAAAGUCAUCAUUCUCGCACAGCAAUCCAUCAUUUCCUGGCUUUACUUGCCACCUGCCACACAGUCAUCCCUGAGCGUAAGGACGAGAAAAGCGAGAUCAAGUACCAAGCCGCUUCGCCCGACGAAGGUGCCCUGGUUGAAGGAGCUGUACAACUUGGCUAUAAAUUCGUGGCGCGGAAGCCGAGAUCUGUUAUCAUUGAAGUAGCAGGCGAGUCACUCGAGUAUGAGCUUCUUGCCGUGUGCGAAUUCAACUCGACCCGAAAGCGCAUGUCGACCAUCUUCCGAUGUCCAGAUGGCAAAAUCCGAAUUUACUGCAAAGGUGCAGAUACUGUGAUCCUGGAGAGACUGCAUAAGGAUAACCCAAUCGUUGACGUGACGCUACAGCAUCUGGAGGAGUAUGCAACCGAGGGGCUUCGAACAUUAUGUCUGGCGAUGCGUGAGGUUCCAGAGCAGGAGUUCAGGGACUGGCAGCAGAUUUUUGAAAAGGCAGCAACUACAGUCAGCGGCAACCGAGCAGAAGAGCUAGACAAGGCCGCAGAGAUCAUCGAACAUGACUUUUACCUUCUAGGUGCAACUGCCAUUGAGGACAGGCUGCAGGAUGGGGUACCAGAGACCAUACACACCUUGCAAACAGCUGGGAUCAAGGUUUGGGUGCUGACAGGAGAUCGGCAGGAGACGGCUAUCAAUAUAGGAAUGAGCUGCAAGCUGAUCAGCGAGGACAUGACUUUGCUCCUUGUCAACGAGGACAAUGCGACAGCAACAAGGGACAACCUCGGGAAGAAGCUCGAAGCAAUACGAAGCCAAAUUGCGAGUGGCGGAGAAUUCGACGCCCUGGCGCUGAUUAUCGACGGCAAAUCGUUGACCUACGCGCUGGAGAAAGACAUGGAAAAGCUGUUCCUAGACCUUGCUGUUAUGUGCAAGGCUGUCAUCUGCUGCCGGGUGUCACCCCUUCAGAAAGCUCUCGUAGUCAAGCUGGUCAAACGCCAUCUCAAGGCACUCUUGCUUGCCAUUGGUGAUGGGGCGAACGAUGUCUCCAUGAUCCAAGCCGCUCAUGUCGGAGUUGGUAUCAGUGGAGUAGAAGGCUUGCAAGCUGCCAGGAGCGCUGAUGUGGCCAUAGGCCAGUUCCGCUAUCUCCGAAAACUGUUGCUUGUUCAUGGUGCCUGGAGUUAUCAACGAAUCAGCAAAGUCAUUCUCUACUCCUUUUACAAAAAUAUUGCUUUGUUUAUGACACAAUUUUGGUAUUCAUUCUUCAACUCAUUUUCCGGGCAGGUCAUCUACGAGUCCUGGACAUUAUCUUUUUACAAUGUCUUUUUCACAGUCCUGCCACCCUUCGCGAUGGGCAUAUUUGACCAAUUCAUCUCUGCCCGACUUCUAGACAGAUACCCUCAACUCUACCUUCUCGGCCAAAAAGGGACCUUCUUUCGCAUGCACUCGUUCUUCUCGUGGGUAGGAAAUGGCUUCUACCAUUCCAUCAUUGCCUAUUUUAUCUCUGCGUACAUAUAUCAUGAUGACCUCCCGCUUUCAGAUGGCACGAUAGGAGGUCACUGGUUGUGGGGUACGUCACUUUACACUGCUGUCCUUGGUGUUGUACUGGGAAAAGCAGCGUUGGUCACGAAUGUGUGGACCAAAUACACCUUUAUGGCUAUUCCCGGUUCAAUGUUGAUCUGGUUGGUCUUCCUCCCAAUAUACGCCACGGCUGCCCCUAGGAUUGGUCAAGGUUUCAGCACCGAGCUGCGAGGAGUCAUCUCUGUCAUGUUCACGUCACCAGUGUUCUAUGCAUUGGUCUUUCUCCUACCACCACUUUGCCUUGUACGCGACAUCGCCUGGAAGUAUGCCAAAAGGAUGUACUAUCCGCAAACCUACCACCAUGUUCAGGAAAUCCAGAAGUACAACGUUCAAGAUUACCGACCUAGAAUGGAACAGUUCCAGAAGGCGGUCCGAAAGGUGCGGCAGGUGCAGAGGAUGCGGAAGCAGCGUGGUUAUGCUUUCAGCGCUGGCGACGAGGGUGGCCAGCAGAUGAGGGUGCUGAAUGCUUACGACACCACAAGGGAACGAGGCAGGUAUGGAGAAAUGGUUAGCUCAAGAAGACCCGGGAGCAUAUCGUGA